AUGGAAGACUGUACACACGAAGUGCAGUUUCAAGGCCUGUGUGCCGUUUGUGGCAAAGUCUUGGACAAGGCCGAAUCUACCAAGGAUAAUAUCAACAUGAGUCACAAUACAACUGGAUUGACGGUGAGCCGAAAGGAAGCUGAAAGGUUGGAACAAGAGAAUGCUUCAAGGCUGGUGGAAGAUCGUAAGCUGUCAUUGAUCCUUGAUCUUGAUCAAACGGUGGUGCACGCUACUUGGGAUCCCACUGUCGGUGAAUGGAUGAAGGACGAGAACAACGCCAACCACCCCGCAACCAAGGACAUCCGCAAAUUCACACUUCCUGGAAGCAAUCUCAUGUAUUACAUCAAGCUGAGACCUGGAUUGUCCGAAUUCCUCCAACAAGUGUCAAAAUUAUACGAGCUUCACAUUUAUACCAUGGGCACACGACAUUAUGCAGAGGCUGUGGCACGCGAGAUCGAUCCUGAAGAUAAGCUAUUUCGUGACAGAAUCUUAUCUCGAGAUGAGAGCGGGAGCAUGACACAAAAGAAGAUACAACGACUCUUUCCAUGUGACACAUCAAUGGUGGUGGUAUUGGAUGAUCGAUCCGAUGUAUGGAGCUUUUCUCCCAACCUUAUCAAAGUGAAACCAUAUGAGUUUUUCGUCGGCAUUGGUGAUAUCAAUUCCCCAUUCGCACCAAAACAGCCCCCAGAGGUGCCAUUACCGCCAACACCAGAGAGUCAAGAAGGAAAAACGGAGGAAAAUGAAGAAGAUCAGGAUGCAUCAAAAGACAAUGAAGAGAUCCAAGAAGAGAAAGGCAAUGCUGUAGAAGAGGAAGAGGCUGCGAAUGACAAACGACUCCUGGCACAACAAGAACGUAUUCAAGAAGCUAUGGCGAAAGAGCAGCAGCAACAACGACCACUUGCACAGAAACAAAACGAACUUGCCCCUGGCCAAGAUCAGCCAUUACUUGUGGAUAAUGAUAAGGAGCUAUAUACCAUGGCAAAGGUGCUUGUGGAGGUGCACGAUCGGUUUUACAAAGGAUUGGAUGCGUACAACAAGGAGCAAAAUGACGCAGGAUCGUCAUCAUCAUCAUCACCACCAGCUGUCAAGAAGCCCGAUGUGAAGGAUUUGAUACCCGAGAUGAGAAAACAGGUUUUGGAUGGAGUGCAUGCUGUAUUUUCUGGUCUGAUUCCUCAGCAACAGCCUUUGCCGACAUCCAUGUAUUGGCAACUUGCAGAAUCAUUUGGCGCCGUAUGUCUACCAGAUCUCACAGGCAAUGUAACACACGUGAUAGCUGCCAAGGCUGGUACGGAUAAGGUCAAGCGAGCAAGGAAAACCAACCGCAUCAAGAUAGUGACAGCCGAUUGGUUGAUGGAUAGUGUGGGACGUUGGGAGCGACAAGAUGAGCAAAAGUAUAUCCUACCGGAUCUCGAGCCACCAAACAACAAUGAGAGUGAAUUUGAGAAUCCCGAGUCAACACCAUUUGAUGAGGGUGCGUUCGAUCCUGAGGAACAUGGUCUAGUCGAUGAUAUUGAUUGGGACGAGGCCGAUAGAGAAGUAGACGAUGCAAUCAAUGAAAGUGGCACUGAUGUGUGGGAUACGGAUUCAGAAGCUAUUGGAAGUCCUGCAUCAUCACGUAUCAAGAGCAAGAGGAAACGUAGGAAUGUUGACACUGAUAGCUCCGGAGGCGAAGACAAUUUUACCGAUAGCGAUGAAGAAGCAAAAUCACCCUUAAGCAAGAGAAGGUUAAUGAUUGCAAAACGAGGUCGAUCACAGCUAUCACAAGUUGCAACGAUGGGAGAUGAUGACAAGAACGACGAAGGCAUUAGCACAGGUGGCCAUACAACGGACAAUGAAGAAGAAGAGGAUUAUCCAGAAGAAAGAGAUAGUGAUUCAUCAUCAUCGUCGGGUUCAGAUUUAGAUGAUUUUGCUGGUCUACUUGAUGGGGAAAUUGAAUAA